AUGCUGCUGUGGGCGGGCCUGGCGGUGCGCGCUCUUCUUCUGAUCGUGGGCCAGUGGCAGGACGCGCACUCCCAAGUCAAGUACACGGACAUCGAUUACGAGGUGUACACCGAUGCCGCAGCCUCCAUGGCCCGGGGCGGCUCCCCCUACGACCGCUCCACCUACCGCUACACCCCGCUGCUCGCUGCGGCCCUGGUGCCCAACGUGACGCUGCACAAGGCGUGGGGCAAGCUGCUGUUCUGCGGCGCCGACCUGCUGGCGGCCUGGCUGUUCCGAGUGCUGCUGCGGCGGCGCGGGGCGGCGCCGCGGCUGCAGGCGGCGGGCGUGGCGUUGUGGCUGUUCAGUCCGCUCACCGCCGCCAUCUCCACGCGCGGCAAUGGCGAGGCGCUGGUCACCUGCAUGCUGCUGGGCCUGCUGCUGGGCCUGGACUCUGGCCGGCUGGUGGCGGCGGCGCUGCUGUUUGGGCUGGCGGUGCACUGGCGCCUGUACCCAAUCAUCUUCGCCCUGCCUCUGCUGCGCCACUUUGCGCUCCUGCGGCUGCGGCGGCAGCAGGCCGCGGCUGCGGCCCCCGGCAGCCCGCGCCCGUGCCCCCGGCCGCCGUCGGGGCUGCUGGGGGCCGCAGCGGGCAGCCUGCUGUCGCCUGAAGGGCUGGCCUUUGCGGCCCUGUCUGGCUUGGUCUUCCUGUGCCUGGGCGUGGCAUGGUACUGCCUGUACGGCUGGCAGUUUUUGCAUGAAACCUACCUGUACCAUGCCAGCCGCACCGACCCCCGCCACAACUUCUCCCCCUACUUCUACCCAGCCUACCUGGCCAGCAGCGGGGCGCCGGGCAGCGGCGCGUGGGACGUGGGCUGCCUGGCGCAGCUGGUGCUGCAGGCGGCGGUGGGCUGGCGCUGCGCCGCCGACCUGCCCUUCUGCUUCCUGCUGCAAACCGUGGUGCUGGUGGCAUUCAACAAGGCGAGCCGAGGGAGGGGGCAGGGCCUGGAGGUCUGUACCGCACAGUAUUUUGUGUGGUACCUCUCCUUCCUCCCUCUGGUACUGCCCGACCUGGCGGCCGCUCCCAACAAGCUGCUGGCGGCCGGCGCAGCGUGGGGCGCCGCCAUGGCCCAUUGGCUGCUGUGGGCCUACCUGCUGGAGUUCCAGGGCUUGCGGGUGCACCUGGGGGUGUGGGCAGCCAGCCUGGCCUUCUUCGGCGCCCACGUCUGGCUCAUUUGCGAGCUGCUGGCGGCCUGGCGGCACAAGGAGGCGGCCGGCACGGCGAAGCGGAAGCGCACGUGA